CAGCGUGUUUUUGUAUCACCGGAACGUGAAAUCCUACGAAAUGGCUAAAUUACUCGCGUAUUACAACCUGUGUCCGAUAAAUAAUAUCGACGAUUUUCUCGGCCUCUCGAGGGAUGUCGAUCCGGGCUGUGUGAUCAACACGCUCGGCCGGAAUAUCAUCCUGGUCGUGAAGGUGAGCAAUCAACGACAAGUUCGCAGCUGGACCGUGCUAGAUCGACUCAGCAGCAAAGUGGUGUACGAUUUUCCCUCCGAGCGUUAUGUGGCCGUGUUUGGUGGACGACACGUGCGCUGCUGGACGCCCGACCAGGCGGACCUGAACAAGGUGAAAAAGAUCAAGCUAUACCGCACGGUCCAGGACCUGUUCACCGUCGGUAGCGGACAGACGUUGGUGCUGUACACUGAUGGAAGCUGCGAGUCACUGGAAAGUGCUCUGGAAACCCGAAAUAAGGAUCGUGCGAAACCAUCGGAAGUCGGGCUGGGUCGAACUGCCGAACGCGAUGCAUCCAUAAAGGACGUUCAGGUGCUGCAGUUGGAAGAUGGUGCCCUGUUGCUUACGUACUUUGUACGUAACGAGAAGGAAGACACAACGGAACUCAACUAUGGUUUGCUGAGCAGCACCGACCUGAAACUGGUGAACCGGAUCCAAAAAGUUAAACUAGAGCGCCUCGGUGACGAUCUGAAGCUGGCCGGUUGUUGCAUCGUCGACAGUAGUGAUGGUCCUUCUCUGGUAACACUAUGGUCCGAUAGUCGUCUGUUCAUUCUGCAGCUUAACCUUGGCCAAUCGCCGAAGCAACACGAAGGCGUUGGGAAUUUCUUCGAGCUCAUUCAAACGAUCGACGUAACCCAGCCACUAUCGAUGGCCAACAUCGGCAAAGAUUAUAUCGCUGUGUACGCAAACAACAACAACCGGGAUGGGGCCACGUUGGCACUGUUCAACAUACAGUUCAAAGUGUUCCAGGCGAAACAGUACUUUAAGGUGUACUUCCGCACGUCCCGCUUCUGGGUGGUUGAGAACUACAUUCUGCUAGCCUUCGGAGAAACAUUGGCCGUAGUUCCGUUUAAAAUCAGCAAAGAACAACUCUCAGAUCUAGUGGGCAGCCAGCGAGCGUUCGAUCUGUCACACGGGAUCGAUGAUGAAAGCAUAAAUGAUGAGGCGGAUCUUGCGGAAGGCUACAACUUUGCUGGUUCCCUGCCAGCAAUCGCAGAGCAGGCGUAUGAUACGGAAGAGGAUAGUGACGAUGGAGAGCAGCAAGAUGAAACAUUCUACCAUCAGUACGUUAACCAGGAAGAUUUUGAAGAAACGCUACGCUUGGCGUACCGUAACGAGCUUCCAGUGACGGUCGUUCAUGAUGCUACGCUCCCCGCAGACGAGGUGCAAGUGAAACUCUUCAACAAUCCGGAUCUAACCCUUGGACCGCUGGUGUUGAGUGAAAAGUUUGAGAUCAUCGCCGAAGAGAUGGAACGCGUUGGUCUGUCGGAAAUGGAAAUUUGCGAUCGUAUGGUUCCGGUGCUGCUGCAAGCUAAGCUUUCGGACGAUCUAGCCAAGUGCCUCAAGCGAUACUCGGUGGUAUCGGAGCGUAUGCUAGUGAGAGCACUGAAGUACGCGAUGAGUUUGACAGACGAACCAACCGAAGAACCUAAUGACCCCGAGCUUGAAGUGGACGAAACGAAGCCAUUACCUGAAGCAACGGAAGUGCUUCCAGAACAAAACAUUAUCCAUGAAGCUGCGAGGAUACAUCCCUCGCGUUACGAUCUGUUGAACGUGGUGCUCUCCUGUACCUACAAUCGCACCAUCAUCAUACCGAUCGUUCGAGCGGAACUAGAUUUCCCGAGUGUGGUGAAACUGCUGCAACACCUCGAAUACCUGCUGGUGGAUCCGAUGGCCACAUUAACCGAGACACUGCACAAUGGCGACAGCUUCGAUAGCGACGAAAAAACGAUCGAAUGGAUCAUGGUUCUGCUCGAUGCACACUAUCAACAGUUUCUGCUUUCGAAGGACGAUGCCGUACUGGAACAGCUUCGACGGAUGUUGGCUAUCAUCGAUCGGCACGUGGAGUCACUGCGUCAGCUGAAGACACUCGCUCCCGAGUUGCUGCGAAUGGUGGAGUGUAAAAAAGGAUCCGCGGCAGCGAGCUCCAACAAGUUGUACAGCAUCGAAACGUUACAACUGUACUGAGUACAAUCGCCCACUGGCAUCAAUUAGCGAGUAAGAAUUAUGUUGUGGUGCGACUGGUAACAGGUGAGUGAGUACGUUAUGUAUUUACACGAGAAUACAGCAGAAGUUAUGGUGCUACCUGCCCCAUACACAACAGUUCACAUUGAAA